UGAGAACUGCCAAUGCCUGACCGCUCCCAGCUACCUCCAUGUUCCCUGAGGCACCAAUGUCUGUGUAGUAAUGGUGAAAAUGUCUGAGAGGGAACUGUCUAAUUCGGCUCUUUUCAAGAGAGCCGAGCAGCUGAGGCGAUGGGAAGAAUCAGAAACCAACCGCGAAGCUGGUGUGCCGAAGAGGAUGGUGCGGAAGAUCCAGUUUUCUCCGGAAUGUGUUUUUUUAGCAGCUUGUUCGUCAGGCGACAAGGAUGAAGUGCGACGACUGCUCGGUGAAGGAGCGGAUAUAAACACAACAGAUGCUGAUGAUAUGACAGCCCUUCACCAGGCGUGCAUAGACAACAACCUGGACAUGGUGGAGUUCCUUGUGGAGAACGGGGCGGACGUGAACCGGGGCGACAACGACGGCUGGACGCCCCUCCACGCCACCUCCAACUGCGGCUUCGUCAGCAUCGCGAGGUACCUCAUCGAGAACGGGGCCAACGUGGUGGCCGUGAACAGCGACGCAGAGCUGCCGCUUGACGUCGCCGCCUCCGACGACAUGGAGGACCUGUUGCAGGAGUACAUCACGGCCCAAGGUAUUGACUGCGACGAGGUGCGUGGCGAAGAGGAGAACAUGAUGAUGGAGGACGCCAAGCGGUGGCUGAACAACGGCCAGUACGACGACAAGCCGCACCCCAAGACGGGCGCGACGGCCCUGCACGUGGCCGCUGCCAAGGGCUACAGCAAGGUCAUGAGCGUUCUGCUGCAAGCCGGCGCCGACGUGAACAUCCAGGACUUUGACGGCUGGACGCCUCUUCACGCAGCCGCGUACUGGGGGCAGAAGGAUGCCUGCAAGCUGCUUGUGGAGAGCUUCUGCGACAUGGAGAAGAGGAACUUCGUGGACCAGACUGCGUUCGACGUGGCGGACCCCGACAUGAACGUGGUGCUGGAGGAGCUGCAGACGAAGCAGGCGACCCUGCCGAGGAACAGGGACGACAUGAACCUCGCCCAGCGCAGGUCCACCAACCUCACGAGGAGGCGGAUAUCUGCGACGGAAAAGGGAAGCCUGAUCAAGGAUGCUGUCUAUGAAAGGCAGUUUCAAGCGGGGGAGAACGAAGGUGACAGGGUGAAGCGUGUUGAAGUGGAGAUAAAGGGAGAAUCGGAGAAACUCGCGCCUCUUGCCAUUAGCGAAGUUGCUGUAGAGGAGGAGGAGACGAGCAGCGAGUCGUCAGAUGAUUCCGACACUUCUAGUGUUAGCGACACUGUUAGUAGCACUCGUGACAGCGAGGAAAAGAAAAACAAAGUCAACAAGGAUGAACCUGUCAGAAACGCAAAGCCUGAUGUUAGCAAAACAGUUCCUAAUACCAUAUCUGCCCCCCCGAACUCCCCGCCCAGGAUCCCCGCGGAGAAGGACGAGCCGUCCGCGCCGUCCUGGCGACGGCCGGCGUCCUUCAGGAGUCGCGUCACCAGCAGCGUGGACGAGCCCGCCAACAAGGCCCUCAGAUUACGCAUCAGCGAGAAGGAAGUUCCCGCCCAGAAAGCCACGACUCCGACGACCGGAGCGAAUCGCGUCAGCUCCGAGUCGCAGGAGGUGGUUCUCAGGCGGACGCAAAGUUUCGAGGCGGACGAGAAGUUCCGCCGCAGAUACAUGGAGCUGCAGGCGCGGAUAAAGGCCGGCUCUUGCCCCACCUUAAACUCUGUAUCUGCCCUUCCCACCCGCUCUGCGUCCUUGCGAGAGAGGUACCACAGCAGGCGCGUGCGAGGGGACGACGCCGGCAAGGCCACGGUGGCGGAGGACCAGGAGACUCCCCCCGCCGCCUCCCCCCUCACACCUGCCACCCCGACAACCACCGCGGCGGGCGGCACCUCUCCCGCGCGGCUGUCGGCCAACACCAGCCCCGUGUCCUCGAACCAAGUCCGGAGUGGUAACUCCCCUUCAACACCCACCACCCCUGGGGGAAGCAAGCUUAGCCCGGGGAAUAUCUUCAAAAAUUUCUUCAAGUCGUUUGCGCCGCCGGUGCGGGACGACGAGUCGGAGACGCAGCGGAAGGCGCACGCGAAGCGGGUGCGGGAGACGCGGCGCUCCACCCAGGGCGUGGCGCUGGACGACCUCAAGGUCGCGGAGCAGCUCAUCAAGAGGAGGAACCAGGAGAAGCUGCAGCAGGCGACCCAGCAGCUGGCCAACGAGCAGCCGGCGGUGAGCGCUAACUCCCCGUCGAUCACCGCGACCAUCACCGCGGCCUCGGGUAAGGACGAGGAGGGGGCCCCCGCGCAGGAACGCCGUCCCUCGUGGAGACUCAGAGUUGAUAAUGUGGACCGCAGCAAGUUCCUGCUGGAGGACGCCCGGAACCGGAGCAGCGUCCAGGACCCGCCCAACUAUGUGCGCCGCGCGGCGGGCGGCGGCGCUGGCGGCGCGGCUGCCCAGAGGCCCACCUCCGCGCCCGUCGAGAGCGUCACCGCCGACGCCACGGUCACCAUCGCCUUGCGGCGCCAGGGCAGGCCGCCCGAGGACAAAGAACAAGACAAAGAAAACGAGGUGCGUAAUGCACAGGCAACGCAAGGGGUGAUACAAAGGCGGCGUAAACCCAAGAGACGGUCGACUGGCGUAGUCCAUCUCGACAUGGAUGAGCUUGAUCCUGAGCGGCAAGAGUCUCAGGAAAAGUCGGAGGGUGAAUCGAACAUUAACAAUGAGAGCGGCAGCGAAUAUUCGGGCCACUCGUCACGCCUCGGCUCGACGGCCGGGACAGGGGACUCGCUGCAAGCGAGCAGGUCUCACGCGGCUGCCGAUGCCGGGGAGAAUGGCGAGGUGGACUAUAAGAAGCUCUACGAGCAGGCGAUGGAGGAAAAUGAUAGACUGAGGGAGAAGCUGAAAAAGACUGAAGAUACCCUGACUGCAGCGAGAACUCAGUUGGAGAGUGCAUCCAACACUUCAUCGAAGAACUCAUUAUCAGAGCUGGAAAAGAGAGAGAGGAGGGCAAUGGAACGAAAAUUAUCGGAGAUGGAAGAGGAAUUAAAGUUGCUGGAGCAGUUUAAGCAAGAGAACCAGAGGUUAAAAGAUGAAAAUGGUGCCUUAAUACGAGUGAUCAGUAAACUGUCAAAGUGAUGUCCGAAUGACGAUAAAUAGCACUAUUUAUUACUCUCCUGUCUUCAACAGUUUCAAUGUGUGUGUGUUGUGCUAGGCAAGAAAACUUUCAAGACGAGUGACAUAUUAUAGUUUCGAUCGGUUUUCUGUCCCGUACCUCUCUUUAUCCAUCGUAACUGACAUCUAGCCCCCCACGUGUUUGUCCAGAGAUGCGGACCAGUUUUUAAAAUAUAUUCUUGUCGUCAGGCGGACAAACUGUUCCUUUUGUGUCGUUCUUCUUCUGAACUAACCACUUGAGUACUAGGGAUUGUACAUUAUGUGCAGUUUUAUACCAUUUUUACCUUCAGUAUUUAUAAUUUUUUUUUUUUUUUUGUUUUACCUGUUUUCUUUCGUGACUUGUAAAGUUUGGUGUUAGGAGGUCAUGUUGUAGUAAGUGUCAAAGCCAGUGUUCUGACAAGUGUGUAUGCCGAUGAAGUUUGUGCGCAUUUAGUCAAAAAAGUGAACAUUUUGAAGUGCGCUGCACGACGCAGGCGAUGGGGAAUGCAGUUGAGAGGCGAGCGAGAUGUGUACUAAUCUAAAGCUGUUAAACAUAGAUGUUUCUCCUAUUUGUCAUUUUACUUUAAAACUGCAUGGUUAAUGUAGAUUAAAAAAAAAUUUUGCCAGUUACCGAAGGUUGAUCAUAAUACCUGUUUGUUUAUAAUAUCUUUUUUUCUAGUCUUCACGUGUAAACUGUCUGUUGUUGAAUUGUGGCAGUAAAAUUUUAAUAGUGAACUUAUAAGUACGUACUUUUAAAAAUUAUAGUACAUGUAUCUUAAAUGUUUAGAAGUACCGAACAAAAUUAAAAAAAAAAAAAGUGGAUGUUUGUAAUUUAAAAAUAAUAAUUUGUUGUUAUCUAUAUUAUUUGGUACUUCUAGACUAUAAAUUAAAACAGUUGGUUCUUUUUUAGCCUGUUUUUGACCUUUAAAAGGCUCAUUGUUACCUAUUAUGUAAGAGUUUUAAUUGCUACAUAUGAAAAAAUAUUGAAGUUUGAUAAAAUAAGUAUGACAAGUUAAAAGAGAUGUUAUAUUUGUCCAGUUCUUUUCAUAAAAAGGAAAAGUAUUUAUAGGCCUAUGUUCAAAUUCUUGAAUUAAAUUUUUUAAAUAAGUAUUGUUCUGAACUGCAGUCGUAAGUUGAUUGUUGUGUGUAGGUGUUGGAGUGUGUAAGCAUGCAUGCCUUUUCUUCCAACCUGGUCGCUGAAGUUAGGUCGUAUUGUACAUAUAAUUUAUGCCAAGAAGGACGGGUUUGAGUUGUUUGGUGACGACUCCUGCCACACCGUCCGUGUGUUCAUUCUGUUUUUUUAGAUGUUGUAUGUUGUGUAAAAAAACCCCCUCUUGUAGAAGAAACAUGUGAAGUUUAUAAGUAUAUUACUAUGACAUAUUUAUACAGAAUUAAGUGCCUUCUUUGCUUUUAAAAUGUAUUGCAAAGCCUGUGUAAAAUAUAGAAUAAACAUCACUUUAAGAAUUUUAGAAAUAAAAGUUGUAUGUACAUAUUACCCAUUUUUCUUUGUUUCAAACAAAUUGUGGUAUUUCAUUUUCGGUUUGUUACGUAGCCCCGGUGAAUAGUCUGCUUAAGAGCAAAUGGGAUAACAUGAAUUUACUCACUUUGUUACAUUCCAGGUUUGCCUGGCAAUGCAACCCAGAAAAAUAACACAUUUUUAACACUUAUAAAGUUUGUUUAUAUUUAAUAAUUUAAAGAUUUUUUUUUUAAGUUACUUGUUUCAACUACUUUUUUUUUAGCGAAUUGCCGACGACACGGUCGCACAUUGCGACGAUCGAGCGACAACUAACUGCACCACUCAGCUACCCUCUUUACAAAGCCGAAACAAAGAGAGGCAACCCCGUGGGCCAACCAACCAAUCACAACACAGAACCUAGUACCUGACCGUAUAGGGAAAAAAUACUGAAGAAAAAUGUCUCUCCAAAAGUCUGGGAAAACACAUCACACCACCUCAAGGCUCGCUCUGAUUGGCUGGCGAGACUGCGCCCAGCAAAAGUUACAGUCUAAUGCUGCGCAGUCCACGUGCUGGGUUUUUCCGACGAGACACUAACUUGAGGCGUGAAAAAUAACUUGCCGGCGACAGUAUGUCGUGCCCAUGUCUUCCUUUCUUUUAAAACCUUCUUGAACGUUCUUGAAUGUUAGUCUCACUACCCAGAAUAUGCCUGCGUUUGGCUUGGAAAGAUUUCCCGACAGCCGAAAUAGAGUUGGUCGUGUGGAUCUUGUCUUAGUAUUGUGACCCUACGCUAUCUUUCGUGCUGGAGCCUUGUACCAAGAUAUGUCGUGCUCAUUGUGGCAUUGUGACUCCAGCUUUAGAAUAAUCUUGUGAUGUGCUUUGAUGUGGCUUUCGUCACCUUCCAGUUUAUCCAGUGGAGUUUUAAAUGUGGUUCUUAAUGUUUGGCAAGUCAAGUUCUAUUGCUAACACUUUUGAGACCUCUGUCUUCGCUCAGCAUAUUUUCAGUUUCAACUCUUUUCUUCUCAGUGAAGUUUACCUUAGUAUGUAAUUGAUGUUUGUUGUGCUUGAACCUGUUUACAUAGAUUUUCCGCAAAUCAAUUUUUUUUCUCACACAUUUUGGUAUGAUGCAAUUCCUGAAGGAAUUAUUGUUGUAUAAAUUUUAACAAGAUGGGCAUUAUUUAUUCAAGUCUUUUUCACUUUUAUCAGAACCGUUUCAUAUUAUAGUAAAACCUUUCGCUCUGCAAAUCGAAUGGAUCUGUAGUCGACAUAGCUGCUCCUGUAACGAAUUCUAUUGCCGGGUGCAGAAACUACGUAUGUGUGAUUAUCAUAAAGAAAUGUACCGUGUUUUAUCGCAUAAUCGUAGCACAUUUUAUACUAAAAUCAAGUUUAAAAAUUAGGGAUGCGACGAUUAUGUGAAGAAAAAAAAUUUUGUUACGUAAAAUUAAUCAUAAAAACUAGAGAUGGGUCGAUUCCAUAUUUUAUCGAUUCCGAUUCCAAAAAUGCUUAGAUUCCAGGUUCGAUUCCGAUUCCACCAAAAAAAUUGCCAUGUACCUAAUCAUUAAAGAACUUAAAGGAUAAAUACAAUAUACCAUGAUUCCAAACAAACUUCUAUUUGAAGACAAAGUUUUUAAUGCAAUUCUAAUGAGAACUCAGCUGCUUGUAGUAUGCUAAUUAAUUCAUAAGCAAUACAAGGUUAUAAUUUCAUCAAUUUCUAGAAAUGAGAAUUCAGGUGUAUUUACAAAACAAACUGAAAUAUUAAAACAGUAUAUAAAUCAAAAAUAGAAUCUUAUGGUACAUUAUGAAUUUCACUGGAGUCCCCCAAAGCUAGAUAGGUCCUACUUAUGUUGAGUCCGAAAAUGUUUUAAUAGGUUGGUUGUGUUCUUUGUUGGCCCAUGAGAUAUUUUCGUGUUGCAAUAAUUGCAUAUUGCAAAUUUGUCAUCGAACGGGUAGAUUGUAAAAUGUUUCCACACUUCAGACAUGAUUUUUCAUUUCUAAUACACCGUUUCACGUGUGUUUCUGCAAAAACGAGUUAUAUACAUCACAGAAAUGCGUGAACUAUACUAUAGUAGAAAUAAACUGACCUCAUCUCUUGAAAAAUAGUAAUUGAAACCAUGCGUGUUAAUAGAAACAAAAGUGAGGUUACAACAUAAAGUAGGUAGUAGCUAAUAUGGAGGCUUUCUUGUUUCAUCUCAUUCAGUGAGUGCUCAGCCGCGUCAAAAUGUACCAUCUAGUGCGAAGCAAACGAAAAAAAGUUAAUUAAUCAGACAUACUAGUUAAAUAUAUUAUUAUAUUAAAUAAAAAUACCGUGAUAUAUUACUUGUUUUAACCCAAUUUUAACCAUUUUAAAACUUCAAACAAAAGAAAUGAUGAUAGAGAAUAUUGCUUUUGUUGUGUUGCACGCUCUGUUAGCUGUUUACAACGUUAAAGUAUGGCGGACUCUGCUAGAUGAGAUGAUAUGGUAUUCGUAAUGUUUCUUUACGUAUUUUGUAAUUCAACACGAAACAAGUUAAAACACAGUUAUGAUUCUAGAGUUUGGAAAACAAAUAUUUCAUUUGAUCCUAAUGACUUUUAUAAUGUAAUUGUAAAAGCUGAAACUGCAACGAAUAUAAACGUGAUAUAACUAUUACGUAAUUUACCAAAUUUUGAAAUCAAAGUGCAAGGUGAGUUACGUAAAUAUUGUGACAAUAUUCUGGCCGAAAUAAACGGUAAUUUUAGCAGGAAUCGCUGGUUUCAUUCAGGAAAAAAACUUUUUUUUCUUCUAAAUUAUUAAGAGUGCUUAGUACCAUGCUAAAUACGAUACGAUUCCUUGAAACUUCGUGGAAGAAUCGACGGUUCCGAUUCCUGGCAGAAUCGGCGGAAUCGUAGCACCGAAGAAUCGACACGACCCAUCCCUAAUAACAACAUAACCCAUUCAUUGAACAUACGUUUAUUUAAAAGUGGAGUAUACAAGAGCACGCCGAACAAUUUAAAUUAUUAACUCGUGCAACAAAAACCAUUCUUUAACUUUAAAUAGAAAAACAAACUGUAAAUGCAAGCCUGAGCUAAUGCAUAACUAUCUUCGUAAUACACACUUACCACGAAAGAGUGCGGGCCAUCAAAUGUUCCGUGUUUUCUCGUAUAAUCGUCGCACAUUUUAUUCUAAAAUCAAGAUUAAAAAGUAGGGGUGCGACGAUUAGCGGAAAAAAAUUUUUGUUAGGUAAAGUUAUUCAUAAAAUUAAAACCUGUUCAUGGAAAGUACGUUUAUUUAAAAAAAGGUGGAGUAUACAAAAGCACGCCAAACAAUCUAUAUUAAUAAUUCCUUAAACAAAAACCUUUCUUCAACUUUAAAUAAAAAAACCAAAACUCUAAAGCGAAUGCAAGCCACUUGAAUCUGACGUGAACUAAUGUGUCGUAGUACACACUUGCCACGAAAGAAUGCGGGCUAUCAAAUGCAGUUAACUCGGCACCUGACAGAUAGCGCGCGUUGCAUCCAAUCGGCGAGAUAUCGAUAUUCGACUACGUGCGCGCGCUCUAUACGGGAAGCAACAUAAUCAAACAUGAAUGAUGCGCUGGCUUCAUUUUUAUAAGUGGUACGCCGCGGUAACGCAGACAAUCAGAUAAAGGAAAUGCAGUUUAAAAACGUCUUUAAAAUAAAAUUUCCAAGUCAGACAACUUUGCAUUUCCGUUAAUUUAUUACGUAAGUGGUAAUGACCGAAUAAAUAUUAGAUUUCUACUUUAAAAAACACUCUGCAUCUACUAGCGGGACCAAAAACAUCAUGCGACGUUUACACGAGAAGUUUUUUUAUCCCAAUUUUGACAGCUUAAAAUAUGGUUGCGUCGAUUACACGCGUGCGACCAUUAUGCGAUAACACACGGUAAUUAACUCUGCUCUCGACAGAGAGCGCACGUUGUAUGCAAUCGGCGAGAUACUAUCUAUAUUCGACUACAUGUGCGCGCUCUAUUCGGGAAGUGACAUAAACAAACAUGAAUGAUGUCAACUAGCGCUGGCCCCAUUUUUAUAAGCAGUACACCGAAUACUUUGCAUGCGAACACGACACUGCGUAACGGGAGAUAGUUAUCAUCAGUUAGCUGGUUGACUUGUCCGCUCGGGCGUGACCGUCAACUCACGUUGCAUACCUUUACAGGAACUUUCAAACCAUCCUUUACAGUUGACUUGCUUAAAACUAAAGUGCGACCAACAUAAGUGUGGCCUUCAUGACAUUCUGCACGUUGUAAUAUUUCAAAUUUUGUCUCAAAUACUUGAUCACGAUGCAUUACGCUCUCACUUGGAAGCCAUGGUUCCACUAUGAUUCCAACUGCAGGUGCUUGCGCACGUACAGUUACCAGCAGACGAAUGGGCAGACGUUGAUUAUGUUUGUGCGAGUUUCCUGCCAGACUAAGUUCCUCACAGCCCGGUCUGUGGCACUGCGGCAUACGCGCGGAUAUAAAAAUAUUUGGCCCUUUACACUCCAUAGCCGCAACUGAACUUGCCAUAGCUGAUGUUUGUUCAACAACCAAUAGCGUAGUCAGAUCUGUGCAUGCAUCUCUUCCCCCCGCCUUAUAGCUAGCUUAUGCCACGGCACAUCUGUUGUUUACCGGGUUGAACCAGACUUCGUGGCAUCAUGCCCAACUUUUUAUUUUGCAUGUGGCUAUUUCAUGCCAACAAAUUUAUGGACGUGCUAAUCAAGACUAGGGCAGUAAAAUUAACAUUGUGUUGAAUGAAUUUGUGCAAUCUGAACACGUGCUAAGUGAGGGAUUGGUGUACAGCGGAAAAAAAAAAAUUUCCCCAGGCUUUACAGGAGUCGAAGAAAAAAUUUAAAAUUCAAAAUGCAGAUAAAAUAAAAAGAAGAAAAAUGUUUGUGGAACCAUAAUAAUUAUAUAGUAAGGUUAAAGAAAAUCAAAAAUCCUGGCAAAGCAUUUUCUUGAACCAAUAAAAAUUUUUUGCACGUAAAAUCAUCUAUAUAAUGUAGCGGAAAACAAAUAUAAAUUCCUCAAUAAGCCAUCAUAUAUUUUACAUUUUUCCCCCCCUCAAGUUUAAUUUAUUUGUGAAUGAGUCCUUCUUGUUAUUUAGUGAAUAAAAUACUAUUGAACUUCACAUGAUGAAUCAAUUAUAAAAUUACUCACGAAUAUCAAAUAUUUUUGGAAUACUCUCGGACCACUAAGAAUAGCGUUACUUUUAUAUUUUUGAACACCUGUGGCUAUUUUCUUACAUUAAGUGUGAAAGAGGUCGUAAUGCUGUGUUGCCAAGUUCUCUACCCGAAACUUUUAUUUUCUUAACAAUAGUGCCUAGAGAAUACCAAGUUAUAUAUAGUGUUGUUAGGAGAAGCUCGUGUUAACUGGCGAAAGUUACACUACUGGUGCGUACAUAGACUUUUAUUUGGGGGAGGAUAGAACCUCUUUGCCUGCUGCUUGCUUUCAAAUUAUUUCAUUUUGUUUUAUGUAGAUGUAGGGGGUUGAUGGGGAGGGGGUGUAUUUUCUUUCUCUUACCCCUUGAGCUUAUCAACUGCACGUUCUACCACUACGCUAUCGACACAAUUGUGGUUAGGGAAGGAGACUAUGUAUUAACAGUGUAAUGCCAGUUUUCUUACGUAUUUUAAAAUUGGGGAUUACUCUUUGCUGUACCUUUUCAGUUUGCCAAAUAUAUUCCAGGGUAGUGUCACUAUCAGCAAGUUUUAUUUGGCACACCAACACGUUUGGUAUGUGCCCUAAUGUUUACGAAAGUGACUAUGGAUUUAUGUGCCUACACAUGGGUCCGCCACCAUAUUUGUCAUAUUUCUGUUCAUUGAAUUCCAGUCCAUUUUCACAUUACUUCUACCAAAUACUGUAGAGGGAGAAUACAGGACAGCUCGCUCGUUUUCGCGAGAAACCGACGGUGCUGCGCUCUCGCGGCUCGGCGUGAUGACUGCCCCUAGCUGCCGCGACCACGGCCGCGCCAUACGAAAACCUCUCAAACUAAACUCGCUGAAGUACAAAGAGUAACCGUCAGAAUUGAAAGGAAUUAUUAUUAAAUAUAUUUUUUUUUUAAUUCUAUUGCCUUAUAGAACUUAAAAUUUUUCCCGAAGUCAUAAUAUUUCUUUUAGAAAAACAUACUAUCGUGAGUUGUAAUAUUUCCCACUUCCCGCUUUCAUUGUUAACUAAAUAUGCCUUAUUUCUUGGUUUAUUGAUAUUAUAGUGAUUUUAUGCUUUGUUUUUUUCUUCUUAUUUUCACACAAUUCCUUUUCAGAUAAUGUAUUUCCUCGCAAAAGCAUCGUUUACACCUUUUAUAAAACAAUUGAUUAUGACAUUAAAAUAUUUGUUUUACGAUGAAUGUGGGAGAACCCUGAGUAGAGAAAACAAAAAAAGCAAAAAAAGUCAUGCACAUAUAAAUUGUAUGGAAUAUCUAGCAUAGCAGUGGUUAUAAGGUAUCAUCGGGGAAAAUAAACUUCUUGCUACCUUUUUAGGUACAGCUGGAUAAAAUUUUAAAAGCAUAUUCGGCUCUUGUAUAUUAUUUGCCUUUUACAUUUACAAUGAAAGUGAAUCUUGUAAAACUUGUUCUAGCUCUGGUACCAUUGUAAUAAUGCAUUUAUUUAAAUAUUAUUAUUCUAAAGUAACGAGGUAUUAAUACAUAUUUAAUAUUUAUGGUAGCUUAAGAUGGUGCAAUUGUAAGUUCUAAUUUAAGGAUUAUAUUGUUUAUUUACAUUGUGUCAAACGCUAUGUACUUCUACAUAUUUAUGUCACACUGAAAUUAUGUAUUUUUUCAUCUCCCUUUAAUUUUCAAUAUUAUUUAAAUGUCCAUGUUAUUUAAUUUCAUAAUAUCGUGCUCAAAUCUCUGUUAACUGUACAUAUAAUUAUUAUAUAUGUGUUAUACACUAUAUGUACAACUGUACUCAUAGUAUUGCACAUAUUCAUAAAAAAAAAACUUUUAACCAAUAGGCUGUUGAACGAUAGCAAAUCAAUAGUAUUUAGUGGCUAAAAAAUUUGGAUAAUUUAAUUAAUUCAUUAGAUAAUUCCCUAAAUGAACGAUGAUUAGCAAUAGAAUGCUUUGAAAAUUUUUACUUCAAUUUUCCUUGAAAAUAUGCUGUUCAUUGUUUACUAUUUUUUACAUCGAAAGCAACUAACUUUUCAGCAAAUAAAUUUACAUCUGCAUGGCCGCAAAGAAUACUAGGGUCAACACAAUUUUUUUCAAAAGACUCUGUUGAUUAGUCUAGGUACAAUGACGAGUUAAAUUUAAUACAUUUUAGGCUUGGAAUGCAUGGCCGUGGGUGCUGUUAUCACGCCGAGCCGCUAGGUAGCAGCGCUGGCGCUCUUCGCCCGCGCUGCUGUGCUAUUAGUAUAGAGCUGUCCUGUAUUCUCCCUCUACAGUAUUUGCUUCUACCAAACGCAGUAUAUUGAGGUCUACGAUACACCAAAAAAAAAAAAUUGUUUUAACUUUCAAGGUAUGCCCUUUUAUGUUACA